ACUCCCAUUGGAUGCUGCUCGAUUUAAUGCACAAAUUCACCGCCGCUUUAUCAUUUUCUCCGCCCAAUUUCACUGAGACCUCAGAUCUUGAGCGAGUCAAGAGAGAAGGCUCUGAGAAAGCCCUAGCAAUGGCGAGAUCGCGAUCCAGCGCUCUCCUCUCUUUCGUCAUCUCCCUCCUCCUCACCGUCUCCCCAUCGCUGGCGAUCUCCGACGGGCCUUUCAUCGUGGCGCACAAGAAGGUCAGCCUCGCUCGGCAGAAGUCCGGGAUGGAGCGCGUCACGGUCUCGGUCGACAUCUACAACCAAGGAUCAGCAACUGCAUAUGAUGUGAGCCUCAAUGACGACAGUUGGGGUCAUGAUAGAUUUGAUGUCAUCUCUGGCAGCACCUCAAAGACAUGGGAGAGGCUUGAUGCAGGUGCCAGUGUCUCUCAUUCAUUUGUUCUGGAUUCCCAAGUGAAAGGCCUCUUCCAUGGCUCCCCAGCAGUAAUCAAAUUCCGUGUUCCAACAAAAUCCGCACUACAGGAGGCAUUCUCCACCCCCAUUCAACCGCUGGAUAUUCUUGCUGACAAACCUCCAGAAAAGAAGUUUGAAUGGGCAAAGAGGCUUUUAGCGAAGUACGGAUCAUUGGUUUCAGUUCUUGGAUUGGUCAGCUUGUUCCUUUAUGUGCUAGUGAGCCCUUCGAAAUCCAGCGGUGGGAAAGGAAGCAAGAAGAAGCGUUGAUUUUCUUGAAACUGGUUGUUACUUGUUUUGUGAUCUUUGAAAUUUUUAGUGGAGGUCUCAUUAUAUUCAGGAACCGUGAGGAAAGUGUAAUAGUGGAGCCCUUGUAGGCUGAGUUACUUGGUACCAGUUGUUUAGCUGUUGACUUGAGAUGAAAGUUGAGGGUUUUGUGCCCAACUGUUCUAUUUACAUUGGUAGAUGGUUUGAGAAAUGAAGUUUUAGUCUA